UUUGCAGCAAACUAAAUAUAUGGCUGGAGUUAGAAACUACGGAGAAGCGUAGUGCAUUGACUGGUCGGCUAGACUUUGCCAGAACUAUUUCCCAUUUCUAUCGCUUGCUUUGCUGCUGCGUGAAAAACAGCCACGUAAAAGCGCAGCUACGCACAGCCCCAUUCUACGAAAAUAUAAAAAGUGUUACCCGAAACUGAAUGAAUGUAAACAACAGAGCGCGCGCCCCAAUAUCGGAACAUGCCACAGCGCCAAGCGACACAGCAGUUGGCAGGUGAAAUGUGUGACGUGAAAAGCCAGAAAGAGCACUUGGAAUAGGAACAACACACAGCACAAACCGUUUAUUAAACACCAUGGAUGAAAAACUAAAGUAUUCGCUGCUGCGUGGUGAGCUGGUGGACACGCAAAGCAUAUGGACAAGGCACGAGAAACGCGUAUGGUUCAUCACACUGAUAACAGGCACAUGUAUGCUUUACUCGACACGGACGACUAUGCCAUUGCUGGUGCCAGCGGUGGCCGCCGCACAAAAGUGGAGUAAAACCGAUUCGGGCACCGUCCUCAGUUCGUUCUUUUGGGGCUACACUCUGACGCAGGUGGUGGGCGGUUACUUUAGCGAUCGAUUCGGUGGCCAAAGGGUUAUACUGAUUGCAGCCAUUGGCUGGUCGCUCAUCACAUUCCUGAUGCCCACGAUCAUCUGGUCGGCGGGGUCGAUCAAGAGCUAUGCCAUUCCUUUUAUUGUGGCUAUACGCAUACUGAACGGAGCCUUUCAGGGCGUCCACUUUCCCAGCAUGAUAAGCCUUACCAGCCAGAACCUCUGCCCGAACGAGCGCAGCAGCUUCUUUGGCCUGCUGACUGCCGGCUCUGCACUGGGCACCUUACUCACGGGCAUUAUGGGGUCCUUUCUGCUCGAUUACUUUGGCUGGUCGUAUGUGUUCCGUGUGAUUGGCCUGAUGGGAUUUGCUUGGGCGUUGGUGUUGCGCUACUAUGCCAUGGCCGGAGAGCGGAAUCGAAUCAUCAACAUUGCCACACCCUCGCGUCUGUCCGCAAAUAGGACGCCGGCGGAGACUACUGUACCCUGGCUGCGCUACUUCAGUCGCCUGUCCUUUUGGGCCUGUGUUCUGACGCAUGCCUGUGAGAUGAAUUGCUUCUUUGUGCUGCUCUCGUGGCUGCCCACCUACUUCCACGAUGGCUUCCCGCACGCCAAGGGUUGGGUGGUUAACAUGAUACCUUGGCUGGCCCUGCCGCCGUGCACAUUGUUCGCCAAAUAUUUGACUACGCGACUGCUAGCUCGCGACUGGCACACAACUACGGUGAGAAAGUUCAUCCAGAGUUGUUGUUUUGCCGCCCAGAAUCUGGCCCUGUUUGUGAUGAGCCGUACGUCUGAUUUCCACACGGCUUUGAUUUGCAUGACCAUCAUCAUUGGCGGCACGGGCUUCCACAACAAUGCUGUAACUGUGAAUCCGCAGGAUCUGGCUCCGCUCCACUCGGGCAGUGUCUUUGGCCUCAUGAACACGGUGGGAGCUAUUCCCGGCUUUCUCGGCGUCUAUCUAGCGGGUCACAUACUGGAGCUGACCCAGAGCUGGCCGAUGGUUUUCAGCGCAGCGGCAGGCAUUAAUCUAGUGGGUUGGAUAAUAUUCCUGGUCUUCGGCUCGGCGGAGGCCAUUGUUUAAUUGUGCAAGAGAAUGCUCUUCGACAUUUUCCCGGUCAGGAAAGAACGUGUUUAUUUAUGUAUUUGUAUGAUAUAUAUAUAAGGCCCAUUAGUCUUAAGUAGCGAAAUCCUACGGCUCCUGGCGUGAUAAAAUAUAUAUGUAUAUUUCAA